CAUGAUGCUUUGCGCGUCCACUCCCAAAGGAAGUUGAGGAUCCAAAAAGUUUGUCCCCCAUUCAUUUUGCUUCGCAGUGAAGCCCCCACGAAGGGUCAGUCCACCCGCAGAGAGCAGAGGCUACACAUCAGGUGAACUUGGCUCCGACUAAUUCCUGCUUCACAUUAUCAGUUGUGAUGGCAGAGCGAGUGCUGGUGGUUGGAGGUGGUGGACGGGAACACGCGCUGGCAUGGAAGUUGGCCCAGUCGUCCCAGGUUCAGCAAGUUCUGGUGGUUCCGGGUAACGCAGGAACGGCCAACUGUGGCAAGAUCAGCAACUCUGAGGUCUCCGUGAGUAACCACACCAUUCUGGCUCAGUUCUGUAAGGACCACCAUGUUGGGUUGGUUGUAGUUGGACCAGAAGCUCCACUGGCAGCAGGUAUGGUGGACGACUUGAUGGCUGCAGGGGUGCCAUGUUUCGGACCCUCUGCCAAAGCUGCUCAGCUGGAGGCCAGUAAGAGCUUUGCUAAGGCCUUCAUGGAGCGUCACGGCAUCCCGACGGCUCGUUACGGCUCCUUUACGGACCCACAGGAGGCCUGCAGCUACAUCCGCAGUGCCGAUUUUCCAGCUCUGGUGGUGAAGGCCAGCGGUCUGGCAGCGGGGAAGGGAGUCAUCGUAGCUCGGGACCAGGAUGAAGCCUGCCAGGCUGUCAUGGACAUCAUGAAGGACAGAGCCUUUGGAUCAGCAGGAGAAACGGUGGUGGUUGAGGAGCUUCUGGAGGGAGAGGAGGUGUCAUGUUUGUGCUUCAGCGAUGGGACCUCUGUGUCACCGAUGCCUCCGGCUCAGGAUCAUAAGCGUCUUCAGGAUGGAGACCUGGGACCAAACACAGGUGGAAUGGGAGCCUACUGUCCCACACCGCAGGUGAGUCAGGAGCUGCUGCAACAAGUUAGGGAGAUGAUCCUGCAGAGGACCGUGGAUGGGUUGAGAGAGGAAGGAACUCCUUAUAUGGGUGUUCUUUAUGCAGGCCUGAUGCUGACCAAUCAGGGGCCAAAGGUCCUCGAGUUCAACUGCCGCUUUGGAGACCCUGAAUGUCAGGUUCUGCUGCCUCUGCUGCAGAGCGAUCUGUAUGAAGUGAUCAUAAACACCAUGAGCAGCAAACUGGCCUCCAACGUCCCCGUGUGGCAGCAGGACAGCUCUGCGGUCACUGUGGUCAUGGCAAGUUCUGGUUACCCAGGUUCCUACAAGAAAGGAGUUGAGAUCACAGGUCUAUCCCAGGUGCAGGACAUGGGCCUGCAGGUGUUCCACGCAGGCACCGCCCUGAAGGACGGGAACAUCGUGUCGAGUGGUGGCAGAGUCCUGACUGUGACGGCAGUGAGGUCAACCCUGGAGGCCGCUCUGCAGGCAGCCAAUCAGGGAGUGGCCGCCAUCGGGUUCCCGGGUGCCGUGUACAGGCGAGACAUCGCCCACCGGGCCAUUGCCCACCUGAACCAGCACAGCAGGCGUCUCACCUACAAGGACAGUGGAGUGGACAUUGCUGCUGGUAACAAGCUAGUGGAGAUGAUCAAGCCUCUGGCCAAGUCAACCUCCCGCCCUGGCUGUAAGGCAGAUCUCGGAGGCUUUGCUGGUCUCUUUGAUUUAAAAGCUGCAGGGUUUGUUGACCCAAUCCUGGUGUCGGGGACAGACGGUGUUGGGACCAAGCUAAAGGUUGCUCAGGCAUGUGGACAACAUGGCGGUCUCGGUCAGGAUUUGGUGGCCAUGUGUGUAAACGACGUGUUGGCUCAGGGCGCAGAGCCGCUGUUCUUCCUCGACUACUUCUCCUGUGGCAACCUUAAUGUGGAGGUGGCCGCCUCUGUGGUCGGCGGCGUCGCCAAGGCCUGUGAGAUGGCUGGCUGUGCCCUGCUGGGUGGAGAGACAGCAGAGAUGCCAGGCGUUUACGCUUCAGGAGAGUACGACCUGGCUGGUUUCUGCGUCGGCGCGGCAGAGCGGGGGUCCCUGCUUCCCCGGCUGGAAGACGUCGCUGAGGGGGACCUGCUGAUCGGAGUGGCCUCUUCAGGGGUUCACAGUAACGGUUUCAGCCUGGUCCGCAAAGUCCUGGAGAGGGCCAAGCUUAGUUACAGCUCCCCUGCUCCAUUUGGCAAACCGGGACACACCGUUGGGGAGGUGUUGCUGACUCCUACAAAGAUCUACAGUCGCCUUCUGCUGCCGAUCCUGCGCAGCGGUGCUAUCAAAGCCUACGCACACAUCACCGGCGGGGGGCUCCUGGAAAACAUCCCCCGGGUUCUCCCCCAGCAGCUGGCUGUAGAAUUAGAUGCAUCCCGGUGGAGCAUCCCUGCAGUUUUCUCCUGGCUCCACAAAGAAGGGUGUCUGAGCGAUGAGGAGAUGACCCGGACCUUCAACUGCGGCCUCGGGGCGGUGCUGGUGGUGGCCCCGCCCGAUGCUCAGAGGGUCCUACGCCAGCUUCAGGUCCAUGACGAGGCAUGGAUUGUGGGUUCGUUGGCUCACAAGCAGCCUGGGGGGUCAGCUGUGGUGGUCCAUAAUCUAAAGCAAAGCUUGUUGAAUGCAUCUGCUGGUGGGCAGCUGGAGGCCCGGAAUAGUGAAUGCCACGAAAACAGCAUCACGCCACGCAAAAGGACGAGAGUGGGGGUCCUCAUCUCCGGCACAGGUACCAACCUGCAGGCCCUGAUAGAGCAGGCCAAAUGCUCGUCCAGCUCAGCAGAGAUUGUGGUUGUCAUCUCCAACAGACCUGGUGUUCAGGGUCUCAAGAGGGCAUCUCUGGCUGGGAUCCAAACACGGGUGGUGGACCACAAGCUGUAUGGGAGCCGAGCAGAGUUUGAUGGCACCAUUGACCGAGUUCUGGAGGAAUUUGGUGUGGAGCUGGUCUGUUUGGCCGGAUUCAUGAGGAUCCUCACUGGAACAUUUGUCAAGAAAUGGACCGGUAAACUAGUGAACAUCCAUCCAUCCCUGCUGCCCUCAUUCAAGGGUGUAAAUGCCCAGAAACAGGCUCUGCAGGCUGGAGUGAGAGUCACUGGAUGCACCGUCCACUUCGUAGCAGAAGAGGUGGAUGCAGGAGCCAUUAUUGUGCAGGAGGCAGUGCCAGUGGAGGUCGGUGACUCUGAGGAGAGUCUGUCUGACCGAAUCAGAGAGGCAGAACACCGAGCUUUCCCCACAGCUAUGGAGUUGGUGGCCAGUGGAGCGGUACAGCUGGGGGAGGACGGACAUAUUGUCUGGAAGCAGCAGAGCUAAAUUGUGCAGCUCCUGAUUAAAGCGUUUACAUAAGA